UCUAGCUAUAGAUGUUGACACAUUUCAGUUAACUAUUCAGGUUUACGCCGCUCGCAGUCAAUACAGAUAGCUCUCCACUUCAAACAGAUCACUCGUCCAGAUCUCUCAGCAUCAGAACUAGAUGUCGGUUUCUACUCUGCGCGUCACUCUUAAUGAUGGAAAUACGAUGCCCCUAUUUGGGCUUGGGACUUGGCUGUGUAAGAAGGAAGAACUUAAGACGGCCGUUCGGACCGCUCUAGACUGUGGGUAUCGCCUCAUUGAUACAGCCUACAACUAUCUGAACGAGGAAGCGAUAGGGGAGGUCCUAGAGGAGUGUUUCAAAGCUGGCAAAGUGACAAGGGAAGAACUCUUCAUCAGCACUAAGCUCGCCUUCAUCUACAACAGACCUUCUGAUGUCGCAUUUUCAAUGUCAGAGAGUCUGAAGAAACUAAAUCUGCCGUGUGUUGAUCUUUACCUAGUCCAUGGUCCUAUGGCAUAUAAGAAACCUGAUGACCCUGAUGACGUCUUCCCCAUAAAAGACGGCCGACUUGACCUGGAAGAUGGGAUAGAUAUUGAAGGUGUUUGGAGAGAAAUGGAAAAGCUUGUUGAUGAAGGGAAGACUAAAAGUAUUGGCGUAUCAAACUUUAACGUUGCACAUAUGGAACGGAUUCGCAAGAUCGCACGCAUAAUGCCUGUCACAAACCAGGUGGAGUGUCAUGCUUACCGCUCGCAGACAAAACUUGAGGAAUACCUACAUAAGUUCAACAUUCCUAUAACGGCUUUCGCGCCAAUAGGAUCUCCCGAUAGAGGCGCUUCCAAAAUGUUUGUAGUAGAGGCAGACACACCUGUGUUGUUGAACGACCCUGUGAUUGCAGAACUUGUGACAACAUACAAUAAAACUCCAGCCCAGAUACAUUAA